AUGCCUCCACAUCUCUGCACAGUCGUCGUCUUCCUUCUGGCGACGAUGGCCUAUGGCGGCGGAGCCGUAGGCGUGAACUGGGGCACGACGGCCUCGCACCCAUUACCGCCGACCAAGGUGGUGGAGCUGUUGAAGUCCAACAAUGUGACCAAGGUCAAGCUACUCGACGCCGACCCAGGUGUCCUAGAAGCGCUUUCUGGGUCCAAUCUUGUUGUCACUGUGGGCAUUCCUAAUGCCUUGCUUAGAACCUUGAACUCUUCUAAGAAGGCUGCUGAGAGUUGGGUUCAUGACAAUGUCACUCGCUACGUCUCCAAUGGUGGCAGUGGCGUUAAAAUUGAGUAUGUUGCUGUUGGAGAUGAGCCAUUUCUCCAGAGUUAUGGUGAGCAAUUUCACCCCUUUGUCAUUGGAGCAGCAAUGAAUAUCCAUAUAGCUUUGGCCCGAGCAAAAUUGGAGAGCAAGGUGAAAGUAGUUGUUCCUUGCAGUUUUGAUUCCUUCCUGUCAGAGUCUGGCCAUCCUUCGAAAGGACAUUUUCGGGCUGAUCUCAACAGAACCAUGAUUGAACUCCUAACGUUUCUCAGCAAGCACAGUUCACCAUUCUUUGCGACCAUUUCUCCAUUCUUAAGUCACCACCAGAACAAAAACAUUUCCCUCGACUUCGCUCUAUUUAAAGGCAAUGCAAAACCUCAUAAUGACAGCCGCAGAACAUACAAAAACAGCUUUGACUUGAGCUACGACAUCUUGGUUACUGCAUUGUCAACAGUAGGAUUUCCUAAAAUGGAAAUUGUUGUGUCGCAGAUUGGUUGGCCUACAGAUGGAGCAGCAAACGCAACCUCAUCAACUGCAGAGACCUUCAUGAAAGGCCUGAUGGAGCACCUUCAUAGCAAAUCGGGGACCCCACUUAGACCUCGGGAUCCUCCAUCUGAAACAUACAUUUUUAGCCUCUUAGAUGAGGAUCAAAGAAGCAUAAGCACUGGGAAUUUUGAAAGACACUGGGGUGUGUUCACUUUUGAUGGUCAAGCCAAGUACCAUUUUGACUUUAUCCAAGGUUCAAAAAAUCUCGUGGAUGCGCAGAAUGUUGAGUACCUUCCUUCGAAGUGGUGUGUAGUGAACAACAAUAAGGACUUAUCCAAUGUAACUGCAAGUUCUUUAGAGGCAUGUUCACUUGCCGAUUGCACUGCACUGUCUCCUGGUGGGUCUUGUUCCAAUAUCAGCUGGCCUGGAAAUAUAUCGUAUGCGUUUAAUAGCUACUAUCAGCAGCAUAAUCAGAGUGCAGAUAGCUGUAACUUUGGGGGCUUGGGUUUAAUCACAACUGUUGAUCCGUCAGUGGAUAAUUGCAGGUUUUCUGUUCAACUUCGCACUUCUCUUUCAGAUUUCCUUUAUCCGGCCUAUCUUAGCCAGUGGAUGACCUUACUAGUCACAACCAUUUUGUUAUCCUUAACCAUAUUUACGUAG